GUUAGAUAUUAGAAUAAUAUAAAGGUCCAAAUGGCCUGGCAACUUGUCCAAAUCCUAUUUUUUUCGGAUCCAUUCGGACGCGCAAUGGCGUCCGUGUGAUACGACUGAUAAGAGCGGCUAGAGCGUACCUGUCGUCACGGUGCCCCGUUGUCUUGCCGAGUUGCCCGCAUAGUACACACUAAAGCGUCUAGCAGUGUCCGCAGGUCGAAUCACUUGUCGGUCAUUGUGCGAAAACUAUGAUACUUACGGCUGCUUCCUUGUAAUAGUUUGGUGAUUUGGAUUUUGGUUUUUUGACGUACCCGCCACGAGAACGAUAUGAUGCUACCGCGGUGUAUUCUUCUGUUCUCAUGGGCAGUAUGGUGCAUAAGUGCUCAAGACAAUACAAUCAACGAACCAUUAUCAGAUUUGGAUGAUGACAUGUCAAAAGAUAUUACAAUAGAAUGUAACAACAAAGAAAUACGUGUAAAUAUUGACACAACAUCAAAAUCAUUUACUGGAAUCGUCUAUCCCAAAGGAUUGGCAAAAAACUCUAGUUGCAUGGCUGAGUUUAAUCAUCAAAAAAGUCCUGUAGUUUACAGGCUACCAUUAAGAUCUUGUAAUACAAUGAGUACAUAUUUGAACGAUGGUAUUGUUGAAUACUUUAACACAAUAGUAUUGCAGCCUCACAGGAAAUUAGUGACUAAUCAAGGCAAAGGUUUCCAUAUUCGUUGCAAGUACCAAACAAACGAACAGUCACUGACUAAUGUAAUGAACAUGAGCACUCCCGAAGAAACAUCCAUGGUUGAAGGAGCUAAAAUGCCAACUUGUAUUAUGAAAAUAUUUUCUGGAAAAACUGUCAAGCCAGAUGUCGCAGAAAACGUUAAAAUUGGCGACCCGUUGACAAUGGUUAUAUCAAUUGACAGUGAAGAUACAUUUGGUUUGUUUAUCACAGAUUGUUUAGUUCGUGACGGUCUUGGUUGGGGUGAUCAGCGCCUGAUUGAUAAAUACGGAUGUUCAAUUGAAGAUGAAAUAAUGGGUCAGUUUCAAUAUAGUGAAAACAAAACUACCGCUGUAGUUAAUUUCCAAGCUCAUAAGUUCCCUUACACAACAUCAGUUUACUAUCAAUGCCAUGUUCAUCUUUGUACAAAGGCUAACGGUGGAUGUGCUAAUACUCCACCAAACUGUAGUAAUAAGAAACGUAUACGCCGUGAAGAUCAGCCAGCUGACGAUGAAAGUCCGGCCACAAUUGAAGUGUACAGUGGUCUUUAUGUCAAUGAAGCUGCAGAUAGUGCCAGUCCUGAACAAAUGGAUCAAGUAGCAAGAGAAAAGAUAUCAGAUGACCCGUACAGCAUUUGUAUUUCUCAACGCAACUUUGCCAUAAGUAUUGCCAUAGCUGGACUCAUACUCAUGCUUUUGACUGUAAUAACAGCACUUAUAUUGUUGACAAGAAGAAACAAGAAAACUCUUUCAUCCAGUGGAAGUUCUGUUUACAGUGGACCUUACACUAACACUGCUUAUAGCCACACUAGUUAGAUAAGUAGAAAUAGUUUUUUGUAAAAACAAAUACAAAAUAUGUGGUGCUUUUACUAAUACGUCAUAACAAAAGUAUUUUUUAUAUG